AAAAAUAUUUACACAGCAAUGCUGUCCUUGUUUGAGUUCAAAAGGCAGUUUCAGCUGCCUUGGUUGCACUCUGGUAGGAGGCAUAAUGGAGAGAAGUGUGGUGCAUAUCACUCUCUUUGGACUGCUGCUGGCUUUGGCCUCCACACUGCCAAACAAGGAUGACUGGGACAUCUACAGCUUUCACAUCAACUCCACAGUGACCAGUCGUUAUGCCACCACUGUCAUCACAAGCCGUGUGGCCAAUCGUAUGAACGAAUCAAAAGAAAUUGAAUUCCAUGUUCGGAUUCCCAAGAAUGCCUUUAUCAGUAAAUUUCGAAUGUUUAUUGAUGGCCAAGUUUAUGAUGGUGUUGUGAAAGCUAAGGAGCAAGCUCAGCAGCAGUACACUGAAGCUGUGUCCCGUGGUGAAAGUGCUGGGCUUGUCAGUUCUGUAGGAAGGACUCUGGAGGAAUUUAAGACCUCUGUAACUGUGGCUGCUCACAAAAAGGUCACUUUUGAACUCACAUAUGAGGAAUUGAUGAAACGCACACAUGGCAAGUACGAGCUGCAAAUUCAUGCUCGACCCAUGCAGCCCGUCAGUGACUUCAAGGUGGAUGUGCACAUUCACGAGGAAGCCGGCAUCAGUUUCAUCAAUGUGAAAGGAGACCUGAGCACCAAAGCCCUCGCUAAUGCCAUCACUAAAACACACAUAGAUAAAGAGGCGUGGGUGUAUUUCUAUCCAACAGUUAACCAACAGAAGAUGUGUGACAGCUGUAGUGAUCAGGGUAUGAAUGGAGAUCUAGUUAUUGUUUAUGAUGUCAACAGGGACAAUGGACUCGGACACAUCAAGAAAUCUGACGGGUACUUUGUUCAUCACUUUGCUCCAUCUGAUCUUCCUCGAGUGCCAAAAAAUGUCGUCUUUGUUAUUGAUCAGAGUGGCUCAAUGCGUGGCAGAAAAAUACUCCAGACUAGGACUGCAUUAUUCCACAUUUUGAAUGAUCUGGCAGAAGAUGACUACUUUGGUCUGAUCACUUUUGAUGGCAACAUUUUUCACUGGAAGCGAGAACUUGUUCAGGCCAACAGCAAAAACCUGGAAAGCGCCAAAAACUUUGCAAGCAAUAUUCAAGCUAGAGGAUCCACAGAUAUAAAUCAAGCACUGUUGCAAGGAGCACGCAUGCUGAAUGAUCAUAGAAGAGAAGGUUCAGCAUCUAUCCUUAUACUUCUCACAGAUGGAGACCCAACCUCAGGGGUGACAAAUCUGGAGAAUAUCCAGUCAAAUGUAAGACAGGCUAUUGCAGGCAAAUUCCCACUGUACUGUCUUGGUUUUGGUUUUGAUGUUAAUUUUAAUUUCCUUGAGAAAAUGUCACUGCAAAAUAACGGUGUGGCACGCCGGAUUUAUGAAGACUCUGAUGCUGAUUUACAGCUGAAGGGUUUCUAUGAAGAGGUGGCCACACCUCUAUUAACAGAUGUGACAAUGAUCUAUGUGGGUGGGACCAAUCUAACCCAGACUAACUUCAGUCAGUAUUAUAAUGGUUCUGAGAUUGUGGUGGCCGGUGAGAUCACAGAUAAUAACAUUGAAACCUUCACCCCUCAAGUUGUGGGCAUUUCAAGUAAUAGAAGAAUAAUAUUCUCUAAUCCAAAUGAAACUGUGGAAUCCACUGGAACAGUGUCUGAUGACCGUAUCCAGAGGGUUUGGGCAUACCUCACAGUUAAACAGCUUCUGGACAAAGAACUUCAGUUAUCUGGACCUGAGAAAGAGAAAGUAAAGAAGGAGGCUUUGGAGCUGUCACUGAAGUACAGUUUUGUGACCCCUCUCACAUCUAUGGUGGUCACAAAGCCUCCAGGAGAGAACACAGAUGUGCUUCAUAAACCAAAGGAAGGUAAAACACCACAGAGAUGGCAGCCCCCUGUAGAUCAGUCAUUUUCAAGACAAUAUUUGGCUCCCAGUAUCCACCUGAGUGGCAGUCCAAUUGUAGGAAAAGUGCAACGUAACAUUAACUCCUUCACUCCACAUUCAACAUUUCAAGGAGUCGUAAGCAUUCAUGAUUUGCAACAUCGAGUCAUGCAAGUGGUCCACCACAAAGGGGAAAAAGGAUUCUCUGGACAAGUCAUGCAACAGCACGCCUCCAGAGGAGAGCGAGGACGUCCCGGACCAGUCAUGCAACAGCACGCCUUCAGAGGAGAUAGAGGACGUUUUGGAUCAGUCUUGCGACAGCAUAUCCCCAGAGGAGAGAGAGGAGACCUUGCACCAGUCUUGCAACAGCAUACCCCCAGAGGAGAGAGAGGAGACCUUGCACCAGUUGUUCUCCCUGAUGUCCAACCUACUGUUGUUCAUCUUUCACGUGAUACUACUACUCUGGAAGCCAUUAAUGCUCCUGUACUCCACAGGUUUUUGCUAAAAGCUGAGAAUCAGACUGUUCCACUAUGCUUUGAUGUUAGUGGACCUGUCCGCCUUAAACUUCUUCACUAUCCCAGCAGGGAACUGUCUGUAAAUGGUGAGCUUGAUUCAGUUACAAAUGGAGGCUUCAGCAGAAUUUUCAUACACGUCAGUGGCAGCCAACAUGUUGAGAUCGACACCAACUGGGUCACUGUACGAGAUGGACAGACAGUAACAAAUUACACUGGACAGGAUCACCUUACAGCUGGAAGUGUGACAGUGAUUGUGCGCAACAACGAAAUAGACGUUGCCACUGGAGACAUGCGAAUGGUCAUCAUAGUUCAUGAGAAGAAUGGCCAAAAAUUCUUUUGGCCAGUUUUAAGACAGCGUCCCUUGGACAACAACGCUGAAGGACUUUUAGCUGUAGAGGCUGCAGUUUAUGAGGAGGUACAGCAAGCUCCUGUCAGAAAACUAAAGAUUAAAAACCAGGAGGCAGACGUUACUGGGGAGAUGGUUGUUGACUACAGCUUUGCUUCUCCUGUCACAAUGAACUGUUGGCUCAUGUCUGCUGACUCUGCCCUGCAGAGACCACUGUCCCAAUUUGUCAUUACACAGCUUUAACUGACAAAUAUAUUGAAUUAUUUGAAAAAUCUUUCAUUUAAAAGGAAAAUAAGGCAAAAACAUAUAUUGUGGAAAAUGUCUUUCCAUCUGUCUCCAACAUGUAGAAAUAUAACUGUGAUUGUGCUGGAUCUAGUGUCAGACAGCAUUACAAAUUAAAAAUAACAAACAAAUAAGUAAAUAAAUCAGGAUUUAUGAUUACCACCAUCUGGCAUUAACAGAGUGUCCAAAAUGACACAAAUGAGUUGACAGUAAUGGGCAUUACUUCAACACCUUUAUUUUUUAAAUUAAAUGAAAAAUGUAAAUUUUACAAGUUUAAACUAGAGUAAUUAUAUGUUAUAGCGAAAUGUUACUCUGCUUUGCUGGCUGAUUUAACUGGAAGAGAGUUAGAUUGCAGAAGGUUUGCCUAUCAAUAACAAUUUUAAAUAUUUCUCAAUCUUGGUUAAGUACCCCAGCACUGAGAGAGAAAACUUUUUAAAACAUUUUUUCUGUCUUGUCUUUCGCCUCAAACGACAUGUACUGAGGCUGACUUGAGUCAAGGAACUCUGACAAAUAUAAUGCUGUCAUUUUUCUUGCAUAAUUUCAUGACUUCCUCAGAACAGUUUAUGGAAUGGAUAUCAAGUGAAUGAAUAAAGAAUCAAAACUAUUCCCUAA